GACUCGGUGGCCGACGGGAGGCAACAACGACGGCUGGCUCGUAACACACGCAGUGCGGGACGUGGGCAUUUGUUUGGUUUCCUUUUUUUUUCUUUCUACGUAACCUACUACAGAACUAUACACACACACACACACACGAAUAGUCAACAGAAACCAGACUUUUAGUGCUGAGCAUUUUCUUUUUUUUUUUUUUACCCCGAUUUUUGUGCGUGCGUAUGAAGCCUCUUUUGUUUGGCUACUCUGAGAGCCACAAGAAACCCCGUCAGUGUCGCUAAAUUUGUUGUUUGUUGUCACACACACACACAAAGAAGAGCAGACUGUGAUCUUCCAUUAUUAUUUUCUUUACUUGGAAGAAAUUAUCCGGUUUUCUUUUUUGUUUUCUCCAUCGACGUGGUUAUCUACAGUGUACGAACGUGACAGUGUGUAAACACACGAUUUCGAGAAGAGGUCGCUACUUUGAUUAAUGAAAACCUCAUUCAUAAUCUGACCAAUGGACGACUUAUCUCGAUUGGUGUUUCAUCCAAACUAUGACUGCGACAUUGAUUUGAAAUCAGUGAAUUAAAAACGAAAAGCAAUUCAGGAAUGUCGUCCAUUUGCAAAUCGUUUGAAUCUAACGCCUGGCGCAGCGACUUGUGCAGUCACUGCUUCCAGUCGAAAGAGGAACACGACCUCCUGUUGCAGCCGAUGACCUCAUCCGACCCAACCAAAGAUGUCGCGUCAUCUGCUCUCCCCUCCAGCAGCACCGGAUUGGGUUCACGUUACCAGUCUGUCCUCAAUCACUGCCGAUCUUCGUACAGAACCGGUAGCACGACGACGGCCGCUGCAACGAUCGGCAGUCUGACGCCGGUUGUCACGGCCACCACAAGCGCUGCGACGAAGACAACGACGGGACCCACCACGACGACAUCGGUGAUGAACCCGUCGACCCGUUCAUCCUCCGGGGUCAAAGCCAUCCUCAAAACUAACGGCAAUUCAGCACCGACAAGGACUAAACAUUCGAAAUCGGUCAACUUCCCCGAUGGAGACGAUGACGCCCACGUGCAAGUCAUCGGCUAUGGAGGCCAGGAAUGUUUCGACGACGAUACCGACGACGAUGAAACGGAUCAUCGCAACAGCAAGAACGACGACGACGACGACGACGAUGUCCCUUUCACCGAGGAGGAACGCAUGAUCCACAAUCAAACGCAGAAGAAUACCAGCUUCAAUUCGGUCAGCCGUAACUUGUUGGCUUCCGAAGUGGCCACGUUCAAGAAUCACGGCGUGUCGUCGACUCGCGUCACUUCGUCGUCAACGUCGGCGCCUCUGGUGACCAUCCGACCCUUUGGCCAGUCGGCACCGUCGCUAAACAGCGCAGCACGAACCAAGUCCAAUGGAGCGACGUCAGAUUGCCCCAAGAUCAACUUAGUUUCGCCGAUGCGAAACGGCCAAGUGCUGACGGCCGGAAUUGCCCGCAGCACUGCCGUCACGAACCAGACCAACAACAAAGAGCAGAUGAAGAACCGCGAAAACUUGCUGAAGAAAUCGGAGCAAUUGAUUGACAACGUCGUCCAAAAACCAGAAGUUGAGAAGAUCACGUCCUUUUCGGAUCCAGUUCCAGCCGUAAUCACCAACGAAACUGCUGUUGAGGAGCAACCCUUGCCUACGCCGCCGGCUUCACCCACUCCCACCGCCCCUCCAGACGUUUCUAGCAACACAAAGCACAUCGUUCUACAGUCGAGCAGAGUCGCAUCCGGCCGGAUCGAGUCUGACAGCUCCAAACCUGCAUCCAACCGAAGCACGUUGACCAGGAAGCCUCCGGUUUGGAGGGAAAAGCCUCGCAUUCCCAUUAAGCCGCAAACUGGCGGAGCUCCUCCGCCAGCUGGAGUCGCAGAAUCGACCGUCGUCGCAUCGCAUCCGGCCGACAAGGUCAGCACGAGCGAAUCGAAAUCGCCACAGCCGCAGAUGAAGCUCCAAAGCGCCGAAUGUCAGCCUGGUCAGAUCAGCAUUCGCUUUGUCCAUUUAUCAUCCGGUGGAGACGAUACGGUCCACGAAGCCCCGCCUAACCUUCCAUCUCUAAUUCCGGCAAAUUUAAACGACUCGCCAAUUCCCCAAAAAUGCCAAGUUGUUAAACAACUUAGCGCGCUGGAACGUCUGGAUUUACUCGGCUCUUCUGAAAAUUUGACUGAGAUACUACCCUCGGCUUGCGUGGCCUUGCCGCAACCGAGUCCGUCGCCGAAGGUUGCGGAAGUUGAAACGAUUUCGCCAAAUUUCGUCUUGGAAAACUUAGCAGAGGCGGAAGUGGUCACUCCUCCGAGAACUCCAUCGCCCAUUACUAUGGCAAACGAGAUCAAUAACAACCCAAUCAAGGCCGUUCUUGCUGAGCAGGAGGAUCAAGUCCAAACACAUCCGGAUGCACAACCGACGCCGUUGAGCAAAUCGCCUCGCUUGACCAACAAAUCGGACGAAGCGAAAGAAGAAGCAACAAAGACGGACAGCUUUUCUGUCGAUUGCCGAUCGAAUUCCACCAGGGGGCUAACACGGUCGGCCUUCGAAGCCCUGAGAGCCAAUUUGGCCGGAUCGCUGGAAUUAUCGCGAGUGUGUCAGCCUCAACGUGGCAUCAACGGCGGUAAUCCCAAACGACAGGCUCCUCCCACUCCGCUGUCGUGUGACACGGAGAAUUCGGCCAGCCAGUCCGAUUCGGGUCCGUCAUCUCCUCCGUCCUCUUUGGCUUCUUUGAAUAUGGCCGAUCCCGUGGCUCCUUUACCUCCACCAGCUCAAAGUCCACCGUCACCCCCACCAGCGCCAGCCCUCCCCUCGCUGAUCGAGUGCGUCGUGACUACCCCCGCGAAGCAAUCGCCUCCUACUUCGGCGGAAAAGAUCAGACCUUCCGAUCGAGCCAUCUCGGCAAGCCCUCGGUUCCGGAACAGCUUGAUCUGCACGUCUCCGGAUGGCGGAUCGAUGGCGGUGGAUGAGGAAGACGGUCAUCCGCGUUCCGUGUCGCUGACGCGGGUGGAACGGUCGGAUAGCCAAUCGAUGGCGACGAAACCUCCGUCGAUCCGCAAGUUCAUCAAAGAACGCGCCACGCACUUCCUCCACAUGGCGGACGCGGGAGGAAGUUGCGGGGGCGGAUCAUCGAGACCUUCCGGCUCGCGACUGUCACGCUCCGACCGGUUCGCGGCCGAGAGCCGUGCCACCGUCAACGGUAAAAAGGGGAAAAGCCGUUUUUCGUUACGCAAAUUCCUCGGCUUGAAGAAAGAUGGCGGAUGGGACGAACCGGCCGAACCGCUGCCGCCGAAAAUACGACCGGAAAUCGUUCACCCGAUUGACUUCCAUCCCAUCGGUCAGGUUCAAGUCGUGCAGGGCAAGGUACAGAACAACAGCAACGACAGCGUCAUCGGGCGGUCGCCUGCCCAUGACUCGAUUUCCUCCAGCGAUUCGGGUCGUCACUCCUCGAUGGAAAUGCAACAAAGCGACUCUUCGCUGGGCAGCAGUGAUUGCCCGUCGCCGGCCAACAGUCAUCAGAGCAACUCCUUCAAAAGCGCUUCUCUUAAAGGCCGUCCCAAACCUCCGCCACCUCCGCGUCUGCAUUCGUUGGAUCAGCCGCUUGUUGUGGCGGCGCCCCAACGUUCUAAUACAUCGACUCCGACCAACAGACCUUCGCGUCCACCGCCGCCAAAAUCUAGCGAUCCCAUGUCCCAUGACGUCAGCCGAUUUUCUCCGUCACAGGUCCAUAACAGCCGCCCUAAUGCGGCCGAAUACGCCAAUCUAGGUGACAUACGCAAUGGAAUGACGCCGAAGAAGCCGGAACGAAGCGCUAGCAUGAGAACGAGGGAACGUUCCACGACUUACGAUUCGCAUGCCUUAGAAUCGAAACAGGACGGAUUGCAUUACGACUGCGUUUCGAUCCAGCAGCCAUCACCAGUCAAUAAACCUACGGCCGAUGAAGAUGGUUACAUCAUUCCAAUGCGAAUGAAAUCGAGCCCAUCGUUUUCUUCCGUUUCCUCGUCGUCGGCCAGCUCCGGCCAGCGGCACAGCCUAACGAGCUUUCAACCAACUCAAGAAGGACCCCCUUCAAGGCGAUGCAACCGGCUCUCCGGUAUGAGACAAAGCCGUCAAGACCUCCACGUCAAAUUGGAGGAUCAUUAUGGAACGGUGACGGGUGCCAAUUUUCAGGCACUGGCGCAACUUCUCGAGCAGGCGACGAGCAAGAGACCACUUGCGCCCCACUUUCACGAGUUGCGUCGCGUCAAGAGUCAAGAUUUGAAGUGGAACGUCUUCGAAGAUCAUUGCGUCCUCUUGAGGACGGCCAGCGUGACGUUCAUGCAGAGCACUUGGCAGAAUCACGACCUCCUUCUCUCCGUCUUCAACGACAGCCUACUAGAAAUGGCGGAAAAUAAAGCGCCGUUCGCUCAGCCGGCCGUAGUCACUUUUACGGCCCACGUUCCAGCACCACUUCUCCCUGCUCGGGGAAUCAAAACUGCUGGAAUUGAAGUUUUCCCACCUGGUCAAGUGGCCAUGUUGAAACAAUUGCCACAUCUCUUGACUAUGGAAACGGAAGGACAAAUGGAACGCCUUCAACAGAGCCUCUCCAUUCUAUUGCAAAUAUGUCGGGCGAUGGAGUGGCUUUCGCAGCAAAAGCGAGUAGUCGACCGUCUCAAUCACGAAGAGAUCGUCUUUUACCGUGAACAUAGUCAAGAUGCCUACCGGCUCCUCUGGUUGCCUCAAGAAGCCGAGUCCGGCCUUGGCCUUUCAGUCAAAGAAACACUGUCCAGCUGCAUUCGACUUUUGACUCCUUUGCUGUCCAAUCAACUGGCCGACAAGCUCUUUGUUAUCCUGCAACGUGACGUCAUGUCCGUCGACAGGAUGUGCCAGUUCUUGGAGUACACCAUGUUCGGUCCGUCAGCCGAUCUGAUUGAUGGAGAUCACGAUCAAUCCGACCUGGACAUGUUUCAGCGCUGGCUUGAUGUCGAACGAGCCUCGACUCUCAAUGAGCUCAUCCGGACGCAGGGUCUGUGGCGCGUCAAGCUGUCCGUUGUGGAAGAAUUCCGCUUGUCCUUUCUCAUUUCUACGUCCCCACAUCAUCUUUUCGAUACUAGCCAAAUAUAAUUUUUUUGUUUUUUUUUAUUAUAUACAGUAUAUAUAUAUAUAUAUAUGUUCAGUCUGGUCUCUCUGGUGUGCCUUGAUUUUAAUUUCCUUAUUAUCCUUCAUCUUCGUCACGUCUGUUCCCUUCCUUUGGUUUUAUUAAGGAGAACAUUCGUUUUGGUCGUAUCCUUCUAUUUCGGUUGGGAUAGGAACUGAACAUUUUCUCCGACUUACGAAAAACAUCAUCCAGAUACCAAUGCCUUCCGACUAAUUCGCCGUCCUUAUCGUUGUAACAAAAUGUCAUUGUAAUUGGUACGAAAAAUACAAUUAUAUUGCAAUCUUAA